AUGGAGGGCCUUCUCGGCAGUAGCCUGCUGUUGAGCAAGCUGUCUAAAGUGUUCACACUGUUCUCGCCCGUUACGUUGCUGCUGCUGACCACCGUAUCCUGCGCAAUCUACGUGUACAACCGGCGCCGUGCCCACAUUGUGCGGAACAUAGAAAAAAUUCCCGGCCCAGCUGGAUUACCCAUCAUCGGCAACACGCUGCACAUCAACGUGGAUCACGAUGAAAUUUUCAACCGCAUCAUCGCUAUUCGGAAGCUGUACGGAAGAAUGCAAGGGUUCAGCCGUGCCUGGAACGGCCCACUGCCGUAUGUGAUGAUCUCCAAAGCGAGUGCUGUUGAGCGCAUCCUCGGCAGCCAGAAGCAUAUCGAGAAGAGUCACGACUACGAGUUCCUGAAACCAUGGCUCGGCACGGGCCUACUAACCAGCGCGGGCAAGAAGUGGCACCCGCGACGCAAGAUCCUAACACCGGCCUUCCAUUUUAAGAUACUGGACGACUUUGUGGACAUCUUUCAGGAGCAGAGUGCGGUGCUGGUGAAGCGCCUGGAGGCGGAACUGGGCAACGAGCAAGGAUUUAACUGCUUCCCGUACGUGACACUGUGUGCACUGGACGUGGUGUGCGAAACGGCCAUGGGAAGACAGGUGAAUGCGCAGUGCAAUUCUGAUUCCGACUAUGUGAAAGCUGUGUACCAAAUUGGAAGUAUCGUGCAAAAUCGGCAGCAAAAGAUUUGGCUACAACCAGAUUUCAUCUUCAAGCUAACGCAGGACUACAAGGACCACCAGAAGUGUCUCGGUAUACUGCACGAAUUUUCCAACCGCGUCAUCCACGAAAGAAAGGAGGAGAUCCGGCAGCAGAAGCUGGUUGAUGACAAGAACAACAACAAUGCGAACCGCAGUACCAACACGAACGAGGACGGUAACAACAACAAGGACUACUAUCUCACGCAGGAGGAGUUCGGGCGCAAGAAGCGGCUCGCCUUUCUGGAUCUGCUGAUCGAGGCGUCCCAGGAUGGUACGGUGCUGUCCCACGAGGACAUCCGCGAGGAGGUGGACACGUUCAUGUUCGAGGGUCACGACACAACGUCCGCCGCCAUCUCGUGGAUUCUGCUGCUGCUCGGCACCGAACCGACCAUCCAGGACCGGAUCGUCGAGGAGAUCGAUCAGAUCAUGGGCGGCGACCGGGAACGGUUCCCGACGAUGCAGGAGCUGAACGAGAUGAAGUAUCUGGAGGCCUGCAUCAAGGAGGGUUUGCGGCUGUACCCGAGCGUGCCGCUCAUCGCGCGCCGCCUCACCGAGGACGUGGACAUCGACGGUUAUGUGCUGCCCGCCGGCACCACCGCGAUGAUCGUGGUGUACCAACUGCACCGCAAUCCGGAGGUCUUCCCGAACCCGGACAAGUUCAACCCGGACCACUUCCUGCCGGAGAACUGUCGCGGCCGGCAUCCGUACGCGUACAUACCGUUCAGUGCCGGGCCGAGAAAUUGCAUCGGCCAGAAGUUUGCCGUGCUGGAGGAGAAGUCCAUCAUUUCGGCGGUGCUGCGGAAGUACCGGGUGGAAGCGAUCGAUCGAAGGGAAAACCUCACACUGCUCGGGGAGCUGAUCCUACGCCCGAAGAAUGGUUUGCGCAUACGCAUUGCAAGACGCAACUGA